AUGCUGCCUUCGCUCGUGCAAGCAAUCUCGGGUCUGCCCCAGAUCCAACUCGGACCUGACCCUCGCAAACGAAAGCGGGUAGUGCCCAUGGAGGUGAUUUCUCUUGGCUUCUCUCGCACAGGAACAAAAUAUGGCUCACCAGCCCUGCAGGCGGCUCUUGAGAUCCUGGGGUUCGGCCCCGUUGCACACGGCGGGAUCAUACCCUUCAACAUCCUAGACCUCGAAAUGGCCAGGGACGGUCUCGAAGCCAAGUUCCGCCCCGAGACGGCCCGGUGCAAGCCCUUUGGCCGGGCCGAGUUCGACCACAUGCUCGGCGAGUACCGCGCCACGACCGACACGCCCUUCUGCCACUUCGGCCCGGAGCUGAUGGCUGCGUACCCCGACGCCAAGGUCAUUCUUGUCGAGCGGGACAUUGACAGCUGGCAUAAAAGCUUCAAAAACACCGUGGCGACCAUCGCGUUCCGCCGCGGCCUCGUCGACCGAUUCGUGAACUUUGUCCUCCCUGAAAUUGCGCGCCAAAGACGGACUACCGACGACAUGUUCGCCAUCAUCUUCAACGCCCGCUCCAGAGAGGAGGUGGUGGCCAACUCCCGCGACGUGUACCGGCGACACUAUCAGGAAAUUCGCGAUGCUGCUCGGCCAGGGCAGAUGCUGGAGUACAAGCUAGGCUCCGGGUGGGAGCCCCUUUGCAAGUUUCUGGACAGGCCGGUCCCGGAUGUGCCGUUCCCGCGUGUGAAUGACAUGACGGCUUUUCAGAGAGGUUUGGCGAUGCACCGAGUUGUCUUCUUCAUGAGAGCGGUGGAGAAGCUGGCAUUUGGACUUGUCGUAAUCGCCGUCAGCAGAUUCGCCUUGGUUUAUCUGUACAGUAGCAGCGCUCCGAGAUGA